UUGGUUCAUACUGGCUGAGAAGCCCUGGAAGAAAGAGAGAGAAAGACGCACAGCUUCUACCCUCAGACUGACUUUACUAGCGAAGACGGAGCCCAGAAGAAAAUCUUAAAGACUUAACUGAGUGUGCACAGAAGUGAAGGAAAACAAGAGUGGGGCCAAUUUUUAGAAGCCUAUUUUUGAUUAUCUUAUCUUUUUAAGAAAGUUUUUUUGGACGUUUCCAAUGCUUGGAACAAUAACUCUAACGGUUGGCCAGCCUGAUGGUGUGGCUCAAAAGGAGGAGGCUCCUGAGACGAUGGACACCAUUCAGGGUGAAGUGGCUCCUCAAUUGAAUGGCGAGAAAUUGGAGAAAGAGUCUCCUGAUGCCAAUGAAAUCUCAGCUGUUGAGGAAAAAGCAGUGGAGGAGAAACCUGAAGAUGCCAGUGAAGUAGGCUUCAAGAAGAUCUUCCGCUUUGUGGGCUUUAAGUUCACACUAAAGAAGGACAAAAAUGAGGAGAAGGAUCCUGUGAAGCUAUUGACCGUCAAAGAUAAAGAAGAGGAGGUUGGUGUGACUGAUGAACCUACCAAGGAGGAAGAGACUGCCACUGCCGAGGAGAAGAGCUCAACUGAAGAAAAGGAGGCUGAUACAGAGGCAUCUACUGCCGAGGCGGAGGCCAUUAAAGCUGACAAAGCUGAAACCAGUGAUGCCCCAGCUGAAGACACAGCUGCUGAAGCUACUGAUGAAGGAGCUGAGAAGGAAGGAGAAACCACCCUGUCCCCCUUCAGGAAGCUCUUCAGUGGAGGACUUUUCUCUAACCUGAGAAAAAAAGCCAGCAUCAAGAAGACAAAAGAGGAUGAAGACAAGGAGGCAACUGUUGAGGAGGAGACAGCUAAGACAGAAGACGCUGCUGCUGCUGAGGAAGAAAAGGAGGAGAAAGAUCAGGUUGACCAAGAAACUAAGGAGGAGGCACCAGCAACUCCAGAGGAAGUGAAAUCAGAGAGUACCCCAGAGUCAGAGGUCACUGUUGAAACCCCUGCUGCAGCAACUACUGACGAGGCCAAACCAGAAGAGGAAAAAGCAGAACCUAGUGCAGAAGAGGAGAAGGCUCCGGCAGAGGUAACUUCUGAGGCUGAGCUGCUGUCAUCACAAGAGAAGGUCAAGCCCCAGGGAAGCCCGCUGAAGAAGCUUUUCACUGGAGCUGGCUUAAAGAAGCUCUCAAGUAAGAAACAGAAGGCCAAGAAAGACACUGAGGCGAAGCUCACUGAGUCUGGGGAGCAGGCGGAGGAGCAGCUUCAAUCCUCCACUGAGUCGGCAGAGAUUCCAAAAGCUGACAGUGGGCCCUCAUCUCCCGAGGAGUCGGGAGAGCAUGUCCUUGCUGUGGAGGUGAGCCAGAAUGAAUCCAGUCAAGAGACUGAUGGUGAAGUUGCCUCAGAUGGAGAAAAGAAAAAAGAUGGCAUCAUUGCCUGGUCCUCCUUCAAGAAAUUAGUCACACCCAAGAAGCGUGUAAAAAGGUCUUCUGAGAGCGAAGAUGAAGCAACAGGUGAGAAACCAAAGUCAGCCACCUUGUCCUCUUCUGAGAGCGCCCCGUUGGCAGAUAAGAGUGUUGAAGAGGAGGUCAAGGAGGAUAAGUCAACUGAGGAAGAACCAAAGACAGUAAACACUGAGAAACUGGUCAGCAGCACAGAGGAGCCCAAAAAGAAAAUGGACACCUCUGUCUCCUGGGAGGCUCUAAUGUGUAUGGGUGGACCCAAAAAAAGGACUAGGAAGACCUCUGAUUCUGACGAUGAGGAGACCAAGGUUGAAGAGGAAUCGGCAGCAGCAGAGUUAGAAGGGGAGCAGGUGAGCAAAACUGAGGCUGCCAUUGUCAGUUCCCAAAACACAGAGAGUGAUGGUGAAGUUUCCUCCCCUGAACCUUUGAGCCCCCCUGCUGAGAGAGAGUCCACCUGGGACACUCUGAAACGCAUGGUUAUGCCAAAGAAUAAGGCCAAAGUUGAGGAAAAGCCUGAGGAGACUACAGAACAAGUCCAGUCAGACAGUGAGGCACCAAAAGACGAGUCGUCAUUCUCUUUGAGGAAGCUCUUCCCCGGACGCAGAAAGAAGAAGGCUGAAAAACAAGCCUCCAACGAACAAGGUGAGGAGGACUCUGACACCCCAGCUGUGGUUCCCCUGUCAGAGUAUGAAGACCAGGUUGAAGCUGAACCGGAAGCACCAGCAGAACCUGCUGAAGUCCAGAUUAAAGUAUCCACUGAAGAUAGAUCCCCUUCAUGGAUCCCAGCCAUUGUUGAAGACGGGGACGAUAAACAUGAUCAGCUGAGUGACAUUCCAGAAGAGGCGGAGAAUGCUGCCACGCCAAAGUCUGUUGAUACUGACAUCGCAGAGGGUGAAACUGAGGACAAGGAUAAUCUGGCUCUCGAAGUUCCCAAAUGCAUGGGGCGCAGACUGUCCACGGCUGAGGUAAAACCUUUUGCUCCAGCUCCAUCUGCAGAAACUACUCCUGUUUCUCAGGGACCUAAGCCUGAGAGUGCACAGGAGGUCAUAGCGGCCAUACAGGCCGAAAUGAGUGAAAUUCCACCCCAGACAGAAGUGACUGUUGAAGAUGUACCAGUAGAGGUAGUUUCUGUUGAAACAGAGUAUGAACCACCAACUGAGAUCGCGGAGUCAAAGACAAAUGCCAUCCUGGAGCCACAUUCUGGUGACGAGGCCAUGGCUAUCUGCACUGGCCUUGGAACCAAGGAGAUCGCCAAAGUAGCUUUGGAGAAACCAGUGAUUCCCAUCGUAGAGCCUGUGGCCGUGAUCAGUGAUGGUGUAAUCACAGAGAUGUCAACAGAAGAGAAGCCAGAAAUUACAGAGCAAGCAAUCGUUAAAGAAUCUGCCGAGUUCAAUGCCCAACUGCACCAAGUUGAAACCACCGAGCUUGAGCCUGUUGUUGAAAGUUCACAGUGCGUAUUGACAGACAUUCAAGCAGCCGAUGAGAGCCACGAACCGGAGAUUGAGAUGGUUGGAAUCGUCAGCACGGUACAGGAGGAGUCUGAAAUCAUUCAGCCUACCACAGUGAGCGAGAACUCUCCCAAGGAUGUCGUGAGAUUCGAUCCCAUUACACCAACAUGUGAAACAGCUGUUAUAACACAGAGCAUUGAAGUCACUGAGCCAUUUGUAGAAACCAUGGAAGUGAAAAUGGAUGUGGAGCAGCUUGUUGCCACCGAAGAAAAUACUGUUAAAGAGGUAGUUCAAUUUGUGACUGAGGAGAUAGCCUCCGCCAUAGGUGAAGACACAAAAGCCACCAUCACAAAGGAGACUGAGCCAACCAUCCCCGUAGUUGUGCCAAGUGAAACAGUUGUAAUCUCCGAAACAGUGGUACUUGUGGCCCCAGUCAGUGUGGCAGCAUCAGACAUGGUUGCCAUGGAAAAUACAUCGGAGGCAGUCUUCGAUGAAUCAAUCCAAGUGCAGGGAACCGAGGAGGAGGGUCAAGUUGAAGAGACUGUUGAGGUCACGAUCGCUCAAACAGCAACGCCAGAGAUCAGUGAAGUCACUGAGCAGAGCAGCAAGGAAAUGGAGGAAAUCGUGGCGGAAGUCCAGCAGACCAGUGAAAUUGAGGCUCAGAGCAUCGCCAUUGCCCAGGUUGUCAUUCAGGAGGCCAUGGAUAAAGUUUCAGAAGACACGCCUGAGUCAAAAAAGCCCACCAUCCCUACACCAGUCCAGGCUGUAGCAACAAUAGAGGAAAAGGUUGAGCUCACCCCUGUUAUCUCUGACACCCCAGUUCCUAUCGUCUGCGAAGAACAAGCAUCAAAGUCACCCAAGCUGCUCCAUGUUGCCAUGGAGGUCAUUGACACAAUCCCCAUGGAGGUCACAGAGAGCCUUGAUGCCUCUGUAGAGGAGAAGAAAUCAGAAGAAGGGUUGCAGAAAGCUGUGGAGGUAAAAGUAAGUGAAGAAAUUGUCGAAGUGGAAGAGGUUGUGGAGAUAAAGGCAGAGAGUCAGACAGGGGAGCUUGAACGGGUAGAGGAGGAACAGAGCAAAGAAGACGCAGAGGUUCAGGAACCAGUAAAAGAAGCAGCUGAGGAAGUGGAACCACAAUCAGAGGACUCAAAGUCAGAGGCCCCUUCAGAGCAGGACAAAGAAAAAGUGCUUGAGGUUCACAUGCCAGUCCAAGUGGUCCUGCAGACAGCACAGGUGUUUGAGGAGCCGUCAGUGGAAGAGGAGGCCGCGGUAGAGUUUGGCUGCAACAGUUCCGUGGAUGAAGACACCGACGUAAAGGCUAAGAGGGCUGCCACUAAAAGCAAACUCUCAACGCUGUCAGAAGAACCCCAAGCGACCGCUUCAGAGAAGGUUUCCGCUCCCAGCCAAGUCACAGAGGCAGAGACACCAGAGACAACGUCGGGAAAGUGUGCACAAGUGAUGGCGCAGGUGAUCGAGGUGAUAGAGGAGGCCGUGAAGGAGAUCGAGCCUGUGUCCACAGAGAUCACAGCAGCAUCAUGAGCAGCUGAAGAUACAACACUGAUGCCUGGGAGACACACUGUACCAGGAAGUGAGUGAUGAGAGAGAGAGAGAGAGAGAGAGAGAGAGAGAGAGAGAGAGAGAUUAAGAGGCUUCUCCGUGGUAACACACUGAGACUGGGCUCCGCCCAGAAAGACUGAGUCACUGAGCAACAGCUCCACCAUUCUCUCUACCUCCCCUUCCACCUGUACUCCAACCCCAUCAUGCAGCCCUGUCACCGCAACGUGACGUCCCACCACCAAAUCCUCAUCCACUCAAUCACACACUUAAGCAUGUCAUGUGCCUCAGAAGCAUCCCAUCUGGCUUGUAAUCAGUAUGAUUAAUGUUCAGUGUCUCAGUCCCUUUACUUAGUCGUUUCUGCAUAUAACUUGAGUCUGCAACCUGGUCAAGUGUGUAUCCAUUCUUAUGUGUGUGCGUGUGUGUUUGUCCAUGUAUGGUAGGGAGAGUGAGAUGGGGUCAGAAGGUGGAGAGAUGGAGGAUUAUUAUCUUGUAUAUUGUAUUUAUAUUUGAGUAUUCUUUCAGUCUUUUAUUUUUUUAUUUUUUUUGUUUGGACAUUGUUGCCUUGAUGUUUUUAAAGUUCCCACAUUAAGCUGUGAUACAUCGGGUAUUCUUUUGAGCACCAUUAUGACAAAUUUAAUGGUUGAUGCAACAAAACAAAUGUGAAACUUGCAUAUACGUGACCAGUGUAUCACAGCUUCUAAUAGAUUAGGACUCUGUAGCAGUUAAAACUAAACCAUGGUACAAGUGUGAUUCCAGUGACAGUAAGUGAUGACUCUUACUGCAGAAAACAACAGGAGGGCAGAGAGUAUGGAGAUAUCCACCACAAAUGCUUUUGACACAUUUUCUUGUCACUAUGUGUUUUCACUCUGCACCCCAACAAAAUACUUAAUAAGCUUCAUGUAGAUAAGAAAAACAAUCACUGCCUGAUAAACUGUGAAAAUGACAUUGUUACACAUUUGUUCAUGUAAUAAUAAAAUAAAAUACUAUUAUAACACCUUCAUUUGAUCAUGUGGCAGAGGUAGUUGGUUAACAGUGACAUUCAAAGGAUACAUUAGCCAUUUUUUUUGACACUGGAGGAGUCCGACUGGUUAGAGACGUGCAUGUAAGAAACACUAUCAUGUGUCAAAGUGUUUAAAGGCCAUGUUUCUGAGUUACUGUGUUACGUACUUAAUGUCUUAUUUUUGUCUGGCAAAUUUAAAUUGAACACCUUCCUUACUACCCUAUAUUUAUGUUUCUUCAAAAAAAAGACAGUGUGUUGAUGCCCUCUGUUGCCUACAAAAAAUACUGCACCCUUUAGUCUUUAGUUGAUGAUGUCAUUUUGGCUUCAACUGGGUGAUCAAGUAUGAAAAUGUUCAGUCCAGUCUUAUGGUACCUGCUCUUAUGUCGUGUUCUUCACUCCGUAUGAUGGCUCAGGUGCAUUAAACUGGCACUGGUUGGGGAUUUAGAGAGGCACAGACACCGACUGCAUGGUGCCAGGAGAUAAGAUAAACUCAUUUAACCUUUAAUUUAAAAGCAAAAUCGAGUUAGGAUCAAUCAGGGAGUCAUGGUCUUUCCAUUGCUCACAGAAUAAGGCAGGAGUUGCAUCCAAUUGAAGUCUAAGUCACAAGGUCAGAACUUCAUUUGCAAGUUCAUUGGCAAAGUGGGAGAUGUUUUCAGGUGGAGGAACAUCUGAAACAUCUCUGGGGUCCAGUUUUACCACCAAAGCAAACGGGACCUUUGGCUACACUGGUAUUUGUUUAUGUCCUACCAAAUUUACCAAACUUGCACUGUGUCAAUCAUUCAAACAUUUUGAGAAUUAACUGUGAGUGCUUCUGUAUUAGAUUAGAUUUAGUUUUUUAUUUGACACGAGCAGCUCUAGAGGCCCACUUUUCACUCAGCUUUAUAACCAAACAAGAGAAAGAUCUGGAAGUACGGACCCGUUAGGUCACCACAUCCCUUUGUUUUGACUCUACAAAACAUGUCACAUCAAUUCAUGCUUUAUGUAGAAUUGUAUUGAUUAAAAAAGGCAGUGAGCUUAAGACUUUUGCUAUUGUUGCAUAAUGUAAAGCAUUUAAUUGGGGCACCCGCCCACUUCAGCCUGCUUUUUGUAACACUUAACUGUGAACCCGUUAACAUUUGUACAGAUGUAUACCUACUGAAUGUACCUAAAAUCAUAUUGUUGUAAUAUUAACCAAUAACCUGCAGCCAUUUAGCAUAAUAUUCAUGUAGCAUGUCAUUGGUCUUUUAUAUUUUCCAAGCUGUUAAUAGUAAGGAUAGAGAAACUUGUCUAUAUUUCAUUCAAUAAAGGUAUAGAAAAUUGGUGUGUGACUUGCAUA